AUGUUCAAACGAGGGGACCUCAAUGAGGGGAAGCACCGUGGCCUAGAUGACGUUGGAGCGUACGAGCAGAGAGGCUGCAUGUCGAGUGAAGCAUCGGUUAAGGGUGCUCAGUUCGUAGCUGCAAGUGGGAGUGAAGACCAACGAGAGGGCCGCAAAUGCGUAUUGACUGUUAACCCUAUGAAGACCAAUUUAGGGCUAGAGUUGUUUAGGGUCCAGAAUGGUGAAAAAUGCAAUAACUGUGGAGAUGGGGAUGACCAUUAUUCCUACACAAGUCAGGAUAGGUCUAGCUUUAUUAACAAGGGUAGUGAAUUGCGUUAUAAUGGUAUUAGCAUUCCGGGGAAGGUCGAAAGAAUGACGGGUGAUCAGACUAAUGGAGGGGUAAUAAGCCGUCUUAGUGAAGAAGCGGAUUUGGGGAAGGCCUGCCAAGACAACGCGGGUAACUCCACGGAGGCUCCCCCCGGUUGUACUAUCUGUAAGAAGGCAAAAAAGGGCUCAGUGAAUGGCGUCCGGAGGAAGGUGAUCAAAAGGGUGCAGAAGAAGAACCAGCAGGGAAGCAGCGGUGAUGAGAGCAGCAGUGACACCAAUCUGGGUGACUCCCCCCCCAUGCGGAGCAACGAACGCAACGGUGCAGACACACCCCAAAAAAGUGACAAAACGGAUGGAACAAAAAAGGAACAAAUAGCAGACAUAAGUAAAUGUGUUAACAAAAUUUUACGAUCUUCCAAUGUGCCUAAAAAAGACAUACUCAAAAGGACGGGUCGAAGAUUUUCGGAUACCUUCCUCUACUUAACAAAAGGGUACCAUAUGAAAGUAGGAAAAAUUAUAAAAAAGUCUUUGUACAAAAGAAAUUACAAAAAUAAUUCCGUCAUAAAAAUAAGUGGCAUUCAUAUAUACUCCUUGUGCAAACAUCAUUUGUUGCCAUUCGAAGGAGAGUGCACCAUCGAGUAUGUCCCGAAUAAAUAUAUCAUGGGUCUGUCCAAAUUUUCCAGAGUUAUAGAUAUUUUUGCUAGGAGGUUACAACUACAGGAAGAUUUAACCAAUGACAUUUGUAACGCUCUGGCGAAAUAUUUGAAGCCGAAAUAUUUGCAUGUAAAUGUUGUGGCAAGACAUUUGUGCAUUAAUAUGAGAGGAGUGAAGGAACACGAUGCAACUACUGUGACGGAUGCAUACUAUGAGGUAAAAAAUGAUAGGCAUGCGAAUCAAGGCAUGGAUGGACCUACGUGCGCCCCCUUCCAUAAUGGGAACCAACUGCCUCGCGAAGAUGUGCCGCUCGUGCGAAGGUGA